UUUAGACGGUAGGCUCGCGCGCUCACAGUGGCUCUGAGGGGAAGAAUGUUUCGGCUCUCCACGUAUCACAGCGAGCAUUUUUAAAGGAACUCGAACGAAGUGGGAACUACCGCCGCAUCUGAGGAAGUAUUUUAGCGCCGAUGUAAAAAGACAUGUUUCAUUCCAUAAACUAAGGCACCUCAGGAAAUCCAGGGAGGUUCAACGUGCUAGAAGACACUUGUUUUUACUGCAAAAAUAAAGCGACUGUUGAACAACUAAAGACCAGCAGGAUGCCCGUGAAGGGAGGACGAGUUGGGGCUUAUCCAAGCAAGAACGAACAAGUAGGAAGCUCAGGAAUGGAGGAGACUGUCUGGGAGCAGUACACUGUGACUCUACAGAGGGAUGCCAAGAUGGGUUUUGGCAUUGCCGUGUCGGGGGGGCGGGACAACCCCAAUGUGGACAGCGGAGAGACGUCCAUCAUCGUGUCUGAUGUCCUGCAGGGAGGCCCCGCCGACGGCCUGCUGUUUGAGAGCGACCGGGUCAUCCAGGUCAACACCAUCCUCAUGGACAACGUGCCUCAUUCCUUCGCUGUUCAGCAACUGCGGAAAUGUGGGAAGGUCGCAAAGAUAACAGUGAAGAGACCAAGGAAGGUUUCUCUCCACUCCUUGAAGCAGCCUCCGUCUCCAGACCCAUCUACCCGUUACUAUGACUCCGACGCCCCCUGGCCCCAGGACAACGGGGGCCCUGGGUUCCCCCGCCCCCGUGACCACACCUCCGAAAACAAGACCCACCUGGAACCCGAGUACCACGCCCGCGACUACGACCGUAACCGUGGGCGGAGCCGGGGGCGGAGCCAAGAGAGGGCAUCGCCCAGCCCAGACGGCCGGCGUGACGGGAGCCGGGGGCGGAGCUUGGACCGUGAACCGAGCGGUCCAGAGAGGCCCCGGUAUCCAGGGGAACGGGGGCGCAGCGGGGAGGGGGGGGGGGGCUAUGGCUGGGGGGACAGCUACGAGCGCGGGGGAGGAGGAGGGGGGAGGUACAGCCCCGACACGCCCAGGAUGGUGAGGGGGAGGAGCCGAGAUCAGGACCCCUCCCCUGAGCCUGGGAAAACCGCCCCCCGCGGCCUGGAGCCUCUGGAGAAACCUGUCAACGUCCUGCUGGUCAAGAACCGCCCCAACGAAGAGUACGGUCUGAGGCUGGGGAGUCAGAUCUUCAUCAAGGAGAUGAGCAGCACCGGCCUGGCUGCCAGGGACGGCAGCCUGCAGGAGGGAGACAUCAUCCUUAAGAUAAACGGCACAGUGACAGAGAACCUGUCCCUGAGCGAUGCGGGCCGGCUGAUUGAGCGCUCCCGGGGGAAGCUGCAGCUGGUGGUGCAGAGAGACCACCGCCAUGUCCUGGUGCGAAUCCCCCCGCUGCUCGACUCUGACUCUGAGCCUGACGAGAUGUCAGAGAUGGAGUCCCUCCGCUCCUACUCCCCUGAGACAGACAGGAGGCAGUCUGACCUGUCCUCCCACUCCUCCAACGAGAGAGACCUCACCAGGGAGGACGGCCAGCGAGGGCCACUCUCUGCACCUGCCUCCCCCUUCAGGGGGCCCCCCACCCCCUCUGCUCAGCUGGACCAAGAGCCUCUGCACUCCGACCUGCCCCCAGCUGCUGUAACGUCCACUCCUAAGAUCCUGCUGCGGCCCAGCCCUGAAGAUGAGGAGAUUUAUGGGGCUAACACAGUGAUGGUGAGCUUCCAGAAAGGAGACAGUGUGGGGCUGAGGCUGGCAGGAGGGAAUGAUGUGGGGAUCUUCAUCGCUGGCGUCCAGGAGGGCAGCCCUGCUGAGGAGGAGGGCCUCCGCACCGGAGACCAGAUCAUGAAGGUGAACCAGGUGGACUUCAGGGGCGUGGUGAGGGAGGAGGCGGUCCUGUUCCUGCUGGAGAUCCCUAGAGGAGAGAGUGUCACCAUCCUGGCCCAGAGCAAACCAGAGGUGUACAGAGACAUCAUGGUGUCAGGGCGAGGGGACUCCUUCUUCAUCAGGACACAUUUUGAGUACGAGAAGGAGGCUCCUCAGAGCCUGGCGUUUCCCCGUGGGGAGGUCUUCAAGGUGCUGGACACGCUGUAUGACGGCAAGCUGGGCAGCUGGCUGGCCAUCCGCAUGGGCAAGGACAACCAGUUGCUGGAGAAGGGCAUCAUCCCCAACAAGAGCAGGGCGGACCAGAUGGCCAGUGUCCAGAGUUCCCAGAGGGGCGGGGUUUCUGACCGGGCAGAUUUCUGGCGUCUGCGGGGUCAGAGGGCAGCAAAGAGGAAGGACCUGAGGAAGAGCAGGGAGGAUGUUAGCGCCGUCCCCGUGGCAACGCGCUUCCCCGCCUAUGAGAGGGUGGUGUUACGAGAAGCUGGUUUCAGGCGUCCUGUUGUGCUGUUUGGACCCAUCGCUGAUGCAGCCAACGAAAAGCUGGCUACUGAACUGCCUGACCAGUUUGUCAUUGCCAAGACGGAGCCUAAGGACGCUGGCUCAGAGAAAUCCUCCGGGGUGGUGAGACUCAACACCAUCAGACAGAUCAUAGAGCAGGACAAGCACGCUCUACUGGAUGUGACCCCCAGGGCGGUGGACACUCUGAACUACAGCCAGUGGUACCCCAUCGUGGUGUUCUUCAGCCCAGACAGCCGGCAGGGUGUGAAGACCCUCCGCCAGAGGCUGCUGCCCGCUUCCAGCCGCAGCUCUCGCAAGCUGUACGAGCAGGGAGUCAAGCUGAGGAAGACCUGCAGUCACCUGUUCACUGCCACUAUAGAGCUGAACUCCAGUAAUGAUGCCUGGUACGGCAGUGUGAAAGACUGUAUCAGGCAGCAACAGACUCAGGCAGUCUGGGUGUCUGAGGGCAAGCUGGAGGGGAUGGAGACUGAGCUGGAUCUCCCUGAGGACCGCAUGUCCUACCUGUCGGCCAUGUCAGCUGACUACCUGAGCAUGGACAGCCGGCUGGCAAGCGACUACGACGACACGGCGGACGAGGGGGGGGCUUACACCGAUAACGAGCUGGAUACAGAGCUGGCCGAGCAGGUGUCAGCCAUCAGCCGCUCCUCAGAGCCCGUCCUGGCUGAAGAGAUCCUGCGGAGGAGCAGUCCAGAGAUCCGAGGUCGUAUCAGGAGGGUGGGCAGCAGGGAGGUCAUCAGCAACACCAGCCCACUGCUCACUCACACUCCCUCCAAGGUGAAGCUGGUGUUUAGGGACGAGGUGGGUGUCGCCCCUUCUUCUCAGGGGGCGGCCCCUUCUUACGAAGCCCCGCCCACCACCCGUUGCUUUGACUCCCACUCCAGCAGCCCCGGCGACCUGGCUCCGCCCCCCCGCUCCGCCUCCACACUCCUCAAUUCCUUUGGCAAGCCCCGCCCCCUGGGGGCCCCGCCCCCUCCCGUGGCGCUCAAGCCCUCCUUCCUGUCCCAGCAGGACACGCCCCCCGGGGGGCCCCCCACCCCUAUAGCGCCCCCCAAGGGUCUGGAGGAGGUGCAGGACGACCCCUCCCUCACCUCCUUCCUGGGGAAGAUCAAGGCCUUUGAGAAAAUGGACCACUUCGCACGCGCCCAGAGGGUUCUGGAGCUGCAGGAGGCGCAGAACGCCAGGCUGGAGAUCUCCCAGAAGCACCCUGACAUCUAUGCCGUCCCCCUGAAGACCCCUCGACUGGAGCAUGGGAGACCCCAGCCUAUAGGAUCCAGCUCUCGUCCUGAGCCACAGGCCCCACCCUCCAAGGUGAUGUGCUCUGGCAGUCGCUCAUUCUACAGCGAGGAGGAGGAGGAGGAGGAGGAAGAGUACCGCCGCCAGCUGGCAGAGCACACCAAGCGCAGCUACAACCAGCAGUACCAGGAUACGGAACUGUAGGGGCUAGGCAGCCCACACAGACACUACACUGUGCCCUCUUCUGAUUGGCUGGCACCCUCUGCAGACACACCUCCCUGCGCAUACACUCAUCAUUCCUUGGGCCCUGCCACAACCCCUAACCUGGCCAAGCCCCCUGCCUGCACCAAUCAGCUGCUGACUUGGAAGCCCUUCCUGCUUUAAGUUUCUCAAACGAUCUGUUUUUUUUUAUUUAUUGUUUUGCUUCAAAGAAGUCUAGAAGCAUCUGUAGCUGUCUGUGAGGAUAGAACUUCAGUCUUCUGGAACAGUUUUUCUUCCUGUUCUGUCAAGGAUGCGACUGUUCCAGGUCCUCUUUCUGAUUACUGUACGUUCAGCUGAACUGUGUGAACGCUUUAGGAAGCCACUUGUUUUCUUCUUGCCUCUAUGCAAAUAAUUUCAGUUUGUGCAACUGAAAACCUGCCACGAAACUUUGUCUUUGAUCCAUGAAAAACCUUAAACUUCUCUCUCUCACACACACACACACUCACACACACACACACACCUGUGAGUGCUGUCAACUAUUCACUCUCUUCUUUGCUCCUCUCCUUUUGAUAUAUCCCACCUGGCCAGCUCUCUGGAGCUGUUUGAAAAGGUCACCUAUAUUAUAUAUAUUCUAUAUCUACUGUUAAGUGUUUAUACUCCUCAAACUCUGCAUUCCUUCCUAUAUGAUAAUGCGUGUGUAUACAUACAGUAUCUAUCUAUCUAUCUAUAUCUAAAUACAGUAUAUAUAU